UUUCGGUGAUAACAGAGAUAACAUGUUAAACGAUGAACGAUUGAAUAAUUACUGAUUAAAUAAUAUACAAUUUCUAACUAAUUUUUAUUUUAUCAGUGAAUGAUGGUGUUGUGUUCGAUAGCUUUGACUAGAGUUGGUUUUCAAUUUAGUACAACAAGUCGUAAAUGCCUUUGCAAGACAAGGAAUCUUAGCGCAAGUAUAAAGUUAUCAAGAAUGCUGUCAGAUUCAAGCUCUACAGUUGACAAGAAGGAGGUAGAUCAUCACAAUAAAUUAAAAGAUGAGUGGUGGGAUCCUACUGGGAAAAUGAAGGGCCUUCAUGCCAUGAAUGCCCUGCGUGUACCCUUCAUUAAGAAUGGUCUGGCAAAUUCUGGUGCAAUUUCAGCUGAUGCUGCCAAAACCAGGGAAUCUCUCAAAGGACUGAAAAUUCUUGAUGUCGGGUGUGGUGGAGGAUUAUUAUCAGAGCCUUUGUCAAUAAUUGGAGCCGAUGUCACAGGACUUGAACCCAGUGCUGAGCUCAUUAACAUAGCCACAAGUCAUGCUGCUCAAAAUUCUCUAACGAAAAACAUCAGGUACAUCUCAUGCACAAUCGAAGAUCACAUUAAAGAUCAUGCAGAAGUCUAUGAUGCUGUCGUUGCGUCUGAAGUUGUAGAGCAUGUUGUGAAUCCCGAUUUAUUCAUCAAAUCUUGUGUUGCAGCUUUAAAGCCUGGUGGAUCAAUUUUUGUCACAACCCUGAAUAAGACGUAUCUCUCUUGGCUAUGUGGAAUAAUUAUUGCGGAAAAUGUUUUGAAUAUAGUACCAAAAGGAACACACAGUUAUGACAAGUUUAUUCCUCCACACCAGCUGCAACAAAUGCUGGAAAAGAAUCACUGCAGAACUGUCCAGACUGUCGGAACUUUCUACAACGUUCUUACCAACUCAUGGUCAAUCGUUCCUUACAAGGGAUUUUGUUAUGCACUGCAUGCAGUAAAAUCAACUUCGUAGGGGAUGUUAAUUCAAAAACUGCAAGUAAACACUGAAAAAUAAUUGCUUAAGCCCAAAGUCAAUGCUACUGUAUUAAUAUAAUUUCCUAUUGUUACCUAAGUUUCCAUUUUUUGUUUUCUUCACCAUUUAUCUUCUAUAUCUAUUUUUAUUCUCUUUAUAUUACUAAAAACAUUACCCAUGCAUCAGCUGAUGAUAGAGCCUGAUUUGUAUUUAAAUUAUCAAAUGAGAAUGACCCUUGAUAUGGAGGCAUCCUCAUUGACUCUAGGUAUAGUGAGAAAACAGAUGUGUUAGGUUUCACCUGUAUAUUUUUUUCUUUUUUUUCUGACCUUCCCUCGAUAACUUAUUGUGGUAUCAAGUUUUUCAAAGACAACAGAAACACUUUCAUAGAUUGUUCUUGAUGUAUUUAUUAGAAAAAAGAUGAAUAAGAAAAUGAAUAAAUGAAAUGUAAAGCUAAAAUUGUUUAAUCCAAUUAUGAAAAUUAUAUUUUUAGAUUACCCA